UAGGAGAGGAGGGAAAUAAAAAGAAAGACACGAGAGAGACAGAAAGGGAGAGAAGGGAGAGAGAAAUUGCGUAUAUCCCUCAUCCAUUUGGAUCAACCGAGUCAAGCGACCGAUUCAAAAACACCAACAACAACAUCAACAGCAAAAGAGGGCUUGGGCUAAAAUCACCCCAAAAGAGAACAGAGUGCGGGCGGGUGGUGUGGCAAUAGCCAAAAAAUGGAGAACAAGAAGGAGAUUAUUACAAGUCCUAGUCCUUCUCUAAUACGUUACCUCUCUCAUUCUUCUUUCUCUAGCCCUAGUUUUCCUUUUCUCUCUAAACUUAUUAUAACCUUAACCAAAGACCACCAAAUCUUUCUACCUCUUUUAUUUCUCUCUUCUCUCUCUUUUUUUAUUCUGGUCUUCUCUUCUCUUCUCUUCGCUUUUUUCUCCCUGCGCCUCCUUUCUUCUCCGGGUUAACAAACCAUCUUUGGAAUUGUUGGUUACUUUGACUUUGCUCUAUCUCGUUAUCUGUGUGAAGCAGCAAAGGACUGGAUAAUUUUUCACCAUAUGGAAGUUUUGGGUCUUGCGCAGUUUGAUACCAAGGGAAGUGCUAUAAGAAAGAAGAGGAGUCAUAUUUCUCGCAGGCCUAAGGAUUCCCAGACAUUUACAGACAAUCAUGAUUAUUCAUCAUUAUCGCCAUCACCACCAUCAGAUGACGGGAACAAGGGUUCUAGCUAUAAGAAUGCUGACAAUUCUAGGAGGAAAGAAUUCAAUCUUAAUCAAUCUGUCUCCAGGGUUUUUCCAGCUACUAGGACUGAAAGCAAAAAUGCGAUUUGUAACAGUAACUCGGGGAAAAGUGUGAUUAACAAUAAACGUUUUAGUGAAGGUGUUCUUGCCCCUGCAAAUUGGAGAAGCGCAAGCAACCUGAAGGAAUGCAUGGAUGUGGAGUCUACAACUGCAAAUAUGUACAGUGGAAGGAAUGGUGGAAGUUGGAGUUCAGAGCAGUCUGGAGUGAGUUUAGAUGCUUUAGGAAACGAAAGCAAGGUUAAAAAUGUUAAGCGUAAGGUUGGUGGUGUGGCACGCACAAUUAAUCCGAACUCAACAACUAAUGGUGUGUCUUCUACAGAAACUCGAUUCUCAGACACUUCCAGGUCAAGGCAGAAACUUGGUCUUCAGGGGAAUUUAGAGGAGGAUCAUUUUGUUUCAGGAAAGAGGCCUGGUUUGCAAGGAGUCCCUUGGAAGGAAUUCUCUGGAGGAGGUUUUAGUCUCGGGAAAGAGGAUUGUUCAAUGGGGACUAGCAAAAAUACUGCUGGGAAAGAAGGUGAUAAGCCUGAACCAGUUCGUAAGAGCAAGCGGGCCCCCAAGAGGCGUGUGCUGGAUGGUGAUGAUGAUGAGGAUGAUGAGAUUCGGUACCUAGAGAAACUCAAGUCAAAAGUCCCAACAAGACAUAAGGAAGAUGAUGGCAAUGAUGAUGAUGAAUCAAGUAAGAAGCAACAGAAACUUUCUACCUUGGAAAACAAUAGUGCUUCAAGGCUGGUUAAAGAUGGGAAGAAAAUAUCCAGAUCAGACCGAGCAUCAGAGGACGAAGAUAAUGAGGAAGAAGAAUCAUUAUCUAAUUGUGAUUUCGAAGGUAGUAAGAAGAAGCAGAAAAGGGAAUCUAUUGAGUCAUUGACAGAUGGUAAGAGGGAGAUGACUUUAACCAAGCGUCAACAGGCUCUUCAGUCAAGCAAAGAUGGCUCUUCUGUUCCUGAUACUAACUUAAUUGAGUUUCCAAAUGGAUUACCACCUGCACCAUCAAAAAAGCAAAAGGAGAAACUUACAGAAGUCGAGCAGCAAUUAAAGAAAGCUGAGGCAGCUCAGAGGCGGAGAUUGCAAGUUGAGAAGGCUGCGAGGGAAUCUGAGGCUGAGGCUAUAAGAAAAAUUCUUGGUCAAGAUUCCAGCCGGAAAAAGCGAGAAGAGAAAAUGAAGAAGCGUCUGGAAGAAAUGGCACAGGAGAAGGCUGUCAACGCCCAGAUGUCGAGCACCAUCAGAUGGGUCAUGGGUCCUACAGGGACUGUUGUGACAUUUCCCAAGGAUAUGGGUCUCCCUAGUAUUUUCGACUCUAAACCCUACAGCUAUCCUCCCCCAAGAGAGGUGUGCGCAGGCCCUUCUUGUACUAACCCGUACAAGUAUCGAGAUUCCAAGUCAAAGCUCCCGCUUUGCAGUCUACAGUGCUACAAGGCAAUGGAGCAAGAGGCAUCCUAAAACCAACUGCUGAUGCUAAAAGAAGUUUCUGCACAGCUCAUGUCAAUACAUAACAAGGGGGCAUUUUUUUUUCCAGUGUAGAGGGAUGAUUAUACAGAUAUGUGUGGUUCAUCUGCUGUCAUCUAUAGCUUAAGGAUUGAUUAAUAGAAAUUUGUCUUCAAUUGAAAGCAAACGAUGCUACUCAGAGCGUUCAAUAUAAUGAAAUUGAUGUUACU